AUGAUACCAUCAGCUCCUCCACAAAAUAUUCAAUGGGUUCAAUCGCCUGCACUUGCAGCACCGCUAGGCCCAAGUAGUGCCCAAAUUAUAUGCACUUCAUGUGGCCGGACAAUAUUUACCAGUACUUCUAGAAAAGCAAAAUCUUCUGCUUGGUGGGCUUGUAUACUAAUGUGUAUUUGUGGAUGUUCUUUUGGAUGCUGUCUAAUUCCUUGCUGCUUGGACUCGUGCAAUGUUGUCAACCACAGGUGCCCAAACUGUAACUCGUAUUUGGGACAGUACAGACCAUAA